GAUCUUUUGGCGCUCCUUCCAUCUCCUUUCAAAAUAUUUCCUUUCCCUCCCUCACUUCUCUCUCCCUUCUAUUUCCUUUCUCCUGUUCAGUGUUGAACCCUCUCCUUUUAUCUGGGCUUUGGUACUUGGUAUACUCGGCGACAAAAUGGAGCAGCAGAGAAACCCAAAGAUGGCUCAACAACAGCAGCAACAAGAGGAGCUUGACGAAAUGCAGCACGGUCCCUUCCCUGUUGAGCAGCUUCAGGCAUCGGGCAUUGCAGCCCUGGACGUAAAGAAGCUCAAGGAUGCUGGUCUUUGUACGGUUGAAUCUGUUGCUUAUACCCCAAGGAAAGAUCUUCUUCAGAUCAAAGGAAUCAGUGAAGCUAAAGUUGACAAGAUUAUGGAAGCCGCUUCCAAAUUGGUUCCCUUGGGCUUCACCAGUGCUAGCCAGCUCCAUGCUCAAAGGUUGGAGAUAAUUCAGAUAACAUCUGGGUCAAGUGAACUUGAUAAAAUUUUGGAAGGUGGAAUCGAGACUGGGUCCAUUACCGAGAUAUAUGGUGAGUUCCGUUCGGGAAAGACACAGCUUUGUCACACAUUAUGUGUGACAUGCCAACUUCCAUUAGAUCAAGGAGGUGGUGAGGGAAAAGCAAUGUACAUUGAUGCUGAAGGGACAUUCAGACCACAAAGACUAUUACAGAUAGCGGAGAGGUUUGGACUGAAUGGUGCUGAUGUAUUGGAGAACGUGGCCUAUGCUAGAGCAUAUAACACUGACCAUCAGUCUAGGCUUUUACUUGAAGCAGCUUCAAUGAUGGUGGAAACAAGGUUUGCGCUUAUGAUAGUUGAUAGUGCUACUGCCCUCUAUAGAACAGAUUUUACUGGGAGGGGUGAACUCUCUGCCCGACAAAUGCAUCUUGCGAAGUUCCUCAGGAGCCUUCAGAAAUUGGCAGAUGAGUUUGGCGUGGCUGUUGUAAUUACGAACCAAGUAGUUGCUCAAGUGGAUGGUUCAGCAAUCUUCGCCGGUCCUCAAAUUAAGCCUAUUGGUGGUAACAUCAUGGCUCAUGCUUCCACAACAAGACUGGCUGUUCGGAAGGGAAGAGGGGAGGAACGUAUUUGUAAAAUAAUAAGCUCACCUUGCUUGGCCGAGGCUGAAGCUCGAUUUCAGAUUUCUCCAGGAGGUGUAGCUGAUGUUAAAGACUGAGCUGUUUCAGCUCAAUGUUUUCCAAACAAGUAGCCGCAAAGCUUCCUUUAAUUGAUCAAUCAAUAUGUUAUUUUGUAGCCACCUGCUUCCGCUAAUGAGCAAAUCCCAAAACUCUGCUAUUUUCUUUCUUUGCAAUGAAGCUUGCCAAAAAUUGGAAGCA